AUGACUGCUCUCCGGAACCCGAAGGGAGCAACCAUUGCAUCAAGAAGGGGAAUGGAGAACAUCAUCUACGACUUCUACUCUGAUCUCUUCGACAGCCAUGUCCACUUGCCUCCUCACCAUCUGAGGGAAGACGGACAUGUCAUUCCAGAGGACAGCCAUGCGAGCAAGCAGGGUUUCGAAAAGGAUUCAGCACGAUUGACCACAUUCAAUGAACAUGAAACUCAUCGAGGUAUCACGAAAGUACAAGACGCCGCUCUGCCUCACCUUCAUCGACUUGAAGAAGCCACCCUCGAGAACACAAUGCGACAGUUGGAAUGGGACGACAUGGGAGUGAAGGUUGAUGGUCGGCAGCUACACCACUUGCGCUUCGCUGAUGACAUCGUACUGAUAACAGCUAGUGUCAGCCAAGCGGAACGAAUGCUGACCGAAUUCGAUGAAACAUGUGGAUGCAUCGGUCUUCAGUUGAAUCUACAAAAGACGCUCAAUGGUACGAACAUAUCCGAAUGCACCAGCCACCAGCUGUUUAUCUGGACCAGGAACACCCGGCUCUGUGCUCACCUCUUCAACACUACCGCACUUCCUGCUUUGACCUAUGCUUCGGAAACCUGGGCAUUUCGCAAGCAGGAAGAAAACGCGACUCUUUCGAAUAACUUACGUGCGCCAUCAACUUCCUCACCUCUGACUAUCUUCGUCGCUUGCGCUCCAACAUCAAGCUACGAAGAAGAAGAAGAAGAAGAAGUCGAAGGUUUCCAUAUGGUCUUGGAGAAGUUCUAUGGAGAAUAUCAUGCCUGUUACAAUGUCAUAAGUGGCGUUUUCAAAAUCGACCCAAGAAGAACGCCUGAGGAAAACCCACAACCUUCAAUAGAUGAAGAGGAGGAGAUGUUUUCUAAGGGUAUCAUGAAGACUAAGACCAUUCAUAGGAACUCGCAAUUCCAUAAGCCCUUUUCCCUACGCUGGACGUGGGUGUCACCCAGUAUAGGGUACCCUAAUGACCACAUCAUUGUCAGGGAAAGGUUGUGCUUGACGGAUGUCGUUGUUGUGCCAAAGUUUUAUACGGGAUCGGACCAUCGCCUCAUCCGGGAAAAAUUGUUUACCCGGAGAGAAGAGAAAACCCCAAAGUUCAGAGGGCGAGGUCCUGGAACUAUCAUUAACCGAAGUUUCUUCGCUGCGCUAACCGGCUUAUGGGUAGACUCCGCAGUGGGCAACAUCGAUGAGAAGAGACGCCUGUCUCUCCAAACUCUGAUACGCCAGCAUAGAGCAGCACGAGCAACCAUGAACUCACAUCCGAGCUUGCAAGGCUUUGCAAAGAAGCGAAAGGGAGACCUUAAAGGGAGAAGAGCAGAAAUGCUGGCUGAAACUGCAGAGGCGGGAAAAAGCAUCCUCUACGCUCGUCGAGACUUCGCCAACCGCAAGACGAAGAUGACUGCUCUCUGGAAUCCGAAGGAAACAACCAUUGCAUAG